GCUCCGUAAACGCAGGGUUGAGACGGAGGAGAACUGGUAGAGAAGCUCCGAGAGGAGUCCCUGUCCCCGCGGCACAGACAUGGGUCUGAGACUCGGCGAGGCCGCCCGGGGUGCCCCGCGCCAAGCCCGGGUGAGGGACCGCCGUGCCCGCUUCCCCCCGCCUCUCCCGGCCCCGCUUAGCCCACAGAGUUCGAUGGCGGCAGCGGAGCUGAGGAACCCACCUCAGGGCAGUGUGACUUUUGAAGAUGUGGCAGUGACCUUUUCCUGGGAGGAGUGGGAUCUCCUUGAUGAGGCUCAGAGACGCCUGUACCAUGAUGUGAUGCUGGAGAACUUGGCACUUAUAAUCUUCUUGGGUUGUUGGCGUGGAGAAGAGGAUGAGGAGGCACUUUCUGAGCAUGGUAUUUCUGUUCAGGGAGGCUCACAGAUCAGGAUUGUUAAGACACAUCUGUCUCCCCAGAAGGCCAACCUCUGUGAGAUGUGUGGCCCAAUCUUGACUGGCAUUUUUCACUUGGCUGAGUACCAGGGAGUGCACUGUGGGCAGAAACAACACAUGUAUGGGGCAUGCGAGAAACCAUUCUAUUUCAGAGCAAACCUCCAUCACCAAAAGCUGCACAUUGGAGAGAAACUAUUGAGAAGUGAUGUGAGGAGAGCCUUGUUUGUGAACAGCUGCAAAUUUUAUGUAUCAAGGAAGCCCUUUAACUUUGGGGAUGUUGGGAAGGACUUCCUGGGAAACUCAGAAUUUCUUCCACAACAGACCACACACACCUGGGGGAAGUCAAAUAGUGAAACCAAGCAUGAGGCUCCCUUUCCAAGGGGUAAAAAUCAUUAUAAAUGGGGAGACUGCACAAAAACUUUGGGCAGCAAACAUGCACUUGUUCAACACCAGAGAGUCCUCACUAGAGGAAGAUGUUACAUGUGCAGUGAAUGUGGGAAAUCAUUUAGCAAAAGCUCCCAUCUCCUUAGACAUCAAAGUGUUCACACUGGAGAAAGGCCUUAUGAGUGCAGUGAAUGUGGGAAAUCUUUUAGCCAGAGCUCAAACCUCAUUCAGCAUCGGAGAGUUCACACGGGAGAAAGGCCUUAUGAGUGCAGUGAAUGUGGGAAAGCCUUUAUCCAAAGAUCACAUCUCAUUCAACAUUGGAGAGUGCACACUGGAGAAAGGUCUUAUGAGUGUAAAGAAUGUGGGAAAUCUUUUAGCAAAAGCUACAGCCUUCUUCACCAUCAGAGCGUUCAUACUGGAAAAAGGCCUUAUGAAUGUAGAGAAUGUGGGAAAUCAUUUUCCCAGAACUCUGUGCUCCUUCAACAUCAGAGGGUUCACACUGGAGAAAGUCCUUAUGAGUGCAGUGAAUGUAGGAAAUCUUUUCGCCAAAGCUCUGCACUUCUUCAGCAUCGGAGAGUUCACACUGGAGAAAGGCCUUAUGAGUGCAGUGAAUGUGGGAAAUCGUUUAGGUAUAUCUCCAACCUCAUUACACACCGGAGAGUUCACACUGGAGAAAGGCCUUAUGAGUGUAGUGAAUGUGGGAAAUCCUUUAAGAAAAGCUCUUCGCUCCAUCAACAUCGGAGAGUUCACACUGGAAAAAGACCUUAUAAAUGCAGCAAAUGUGGGAAAUCAUUUCGCCAAAAUGUUGUGCUCCUUCAACAUCAGAGAGUUCACACUGGAGAAAGGCCUUACCAGUGUAGUCAGUGUGAGAAGUCCUUUAGAUAUAUCUCCAACCUCACUACUCAUCGGAGAGUUCACACUGGAGAAAGGCCUUAUGAGUGCAGUGAAUGUGGGAAAUCUUUUAGCCAAAGCUCUAACCUCAUCACACAUCGGAGAAUUCACACUGAGAAAAGGCCUUACAUUGGGGAAUAUGCUCAAUUCUUUACCUACAGCUCCAGUCUCUUAAAACAUCAGUCUGUUUACACUGAAUCAAGGCCUUAGGAAUGCAGUGGAUGUGUUAAGACCAUUAGCUCAAGCUCCUGACUCUGGAACUACAGAUUUCAGAAGGAAAAAACACUUUACACAUGCAGGGAUGUACAGUUUCCUUUUUCAGUGUAUCAGCAUGUGGAAUCCCUCCUCAUAGUACCAUCUGAACUGAACCUCAUACAUCCAAACAUCUGCAAACAUCCCAGCCUCCUGCAUUGUUUUUUGCUUGGCAUUACAUGGUGUCAGAAGUGGGAUACAGAGCGACCUACAAAAGCCCUCACCAACUCUAACACUGCCUCGAAUUCAACACACCCAUUCCACAGACAGGGAAACUGAGGCUCCAGAACCAGCGGACAGUCCUUCUGCUGGGAAGAGGCAGAGCAGAGACCUGAACCUUUGUGGCAGAAGUGUCUCAGGGUGCCUCCUAGGAAGACAGGUGACCUGGGCAGUUCCCUGCUGGCUGAAGACACAGGUGCUGUCUCCAAGUAGGACCCCAAGCAGGGAUCAGAGCUACUCUGGGAGAAACCCCUUGAUGGGCUAGAGCCCCUCAGCCCCUGGAACACUCUACAGUCUUUGCAGCCUCCCCAAGGGCACUGCCACCACUCUCCUUGGGGGCCUCACUCUGGUCCCGGCCCUAUACAUCCUCUAACAGUCCCUGAAGCAGCUUCAUCAUUAGCCCCAUUCUGUACUGGGGGAAACUGAGGAUGUGUGGGACUGGAGGGGUUGUUUCUUACUGUGACCCCAGCAGAGGUGGGGAUGCUGAAGUCAGUCCCACCCACUGUGUCCCCCUUCCCUCUGGCCUGUUUCCACCCAAGAAACCCCUCCUCCUUGUUCCCUCGGGCCCCUCUUAGGGUCCCUGUCAGCCUCUCCUCCCAGAUGCUGAUGGCCCUGUGUUAAUUUGUGAAGGUUGCCAAAACAUGGCACCAAAGGCUGGGUGCUUUAAACAACAGAAAAUUAUUUCUCACAAUUCCAGAGGAUGAAAGUCUGAGAUUGAGAGGGUAACAAUGGAUUCUUCGGAGGCUUGUAAAUGACUCGUCUUCCUCUGUCUUUACAUGGUCUACCCUUGGACGUGUUCCCCACCCCCACAGGCAUUCAGCACCUUCCCCAGGUGUCACCCCAGACACAACUGGCCCAAGGGUUUUGGUCUUCCUCCUAAUAUUGCCUCCAGAUGUCUCCUCCAGUCAGUGCCCCACUACUCAGCUGUCACUAGUGUGGACAUUGGAAGUGACGAUAAGGACUAAGAUGUCCACUGUAACCCUCCCCAGUCCCUGUCCCCAUGGCUUUUCCUCUCACCCCCUCCAGCUGGUGGAUUUGGUCCUCCCCACCCCUCUAGGUAAAAAGCAAACCAAUGACUGACAAUGACUGCUAACCCCUAACAACAUUCCUGCUCCCUCCUGGAGCUAAACGACCACCAUUCCCUGAGUGGGCUAGAUGAGGUCUGGCUGGCCUGGUAAACCCUGCACCUUUCACAUAUGACAGGAUAACAGUGUCCCACCCUGGUCACCCCAGAUAAGUGUAGGCAGGUCAUAUCCAAUACCUGAAAUGUUUGUUUCCAGGCUGUGUCAUGGUGUGGUAGCAAAAUACGUCACGCUAUUCGUGUUUCUAGGUGUGUCAUGUACAUACUAUUUUAUUCAACAAAUACUUAAAAAAACAGGAGACUUCCUUCCUCUCCAUCAGAGCAUUUACCUUAGAAAACUUGUAGUAAUGGUCUUGUCUCUUUAAAAUGCAUGUCUUUGAAGACUAGACUGGCCUUUUUUCAGCUGGUCCUUUGUUUGUUUAUUUAUUUAUUUAUUGUCUUCCAGUUUUAGGACUCAGAAAUGUCUUUCUCAAGAACCUGGGACCUAUCUCCUCAAACUGCAGACAUCAGGGAGAUAGCUCACCUAUCAGUUCUUGUGGGAGGAUAGGAGUCUCAUCUUAGUGGACACCAUGCUCCAACUUAAAAAACUACCUCUUAUUACAAAAAUGAGGUUUGUGUUUUCUCUGGAUAAAACCAAUGGCUAACACAGAUAGUCAUCCCAAUUACCACAUAAAAUUAGGACUCUGUGUGAAAAAUGGUAUGGUCAACUCCUCUUACUUGAGGACUAGUUAUUUAUCUUGAAUAUACAUAUGCAGUGGGUUGUGUCUGCUUGGAUAUAUAGGGGAUUUAGGUUUUUUCUCUCUUUGCAAUUUCCUAGUGAUUGCCUGCAAUGCACAUGUACUUUGCUUUAAUGCUUAUUCAACAAUAAAAGUGUUUUCUGUCUCUACUACCUUUGUGGAAAAGAUUUCUAGGUCGGGAGAAAUGUUUGUUUACUUCCCUAACAGUCAGCAUCAGGCACUCGUCUGCUGGGAUCAAACCUCAUCACCCAUCUCAUGAACAUCUAAUGUACAGAAUAUAUGGGGGAAGGGUGACCAGUUAAACAGUAUCAGAGACUCAUUAAGUCCCAUCUAGAAUGUGCCAAAUUCUGAUGAGCCAAUGACAACAAAUUAUAAGAAAGAAGAAUUUUAAAAGAUAAGUGGACCUCGUAUGUUAAGAGAGAUCUGAACCCUGUAAGGAUAUAUUUUGGAUUCUGAUUGAAACUAAUCUGACUUAAGAAACAUUUUUGAGACAAUUCAGCAUUGGUAAAAUAUUUAUAUUUUUAUAACUAUUGUGUUAUGAAAAAGACCUUACUUUUAAAAAAUUUACUCUGAAGAGAUUAUACAUUAAAUGAUACCAUGUUUGGAACUGGUACAGUAGUCCCCCCUUAUCUGCAGCAGAUACAUUCCAAGACCUCCAAGUGGAUGCCUGAAACCAUGGUGAGUACUGAACUCUUUAUAUACUGUGUUUUUUCUUAUACAUACAUACCUAUGAUAAAGGUUAUAACAAUUGCUGUAAUAAAAGUUAAGUGAAUGUGAUGUCUCUCAAAAUAUAUUAGUGUACUGUACUCAUCCUUUUUGUGAUGAUGUGAGGUGAUACAAUGCCUAUGUGGAUUCACUGGACAAAAGGAUGAUUCACAUUAUGGGUGGGAUAAAGAGGGCAGUGAGAGAUGGCAGUGUACAGAAAGGCAUGCAAUUUAAAACUCAUGACUUGUUUAUUUCUGGAAUUCUCUAUUUAAUAUUUUCAGACCUCGGUUGACCUUGGGUCACUGAAACCCCAAAAAGCGAAUUGUGAAUAAGGGAGAGACUGUGGUAAACUAAUCCACUAGUGUGGAUGGGUAUAGAUGAAAUAAGAAUGGCAAUGAAAUGAUGGAAGGUUGGAAUAGAUUCAUCUGGUUUCAUAACAGUCUCUUUUUGUAUAUAUUUGAAAACAACCAUAACAAAAUUUUGAAUGUCAUUGUAUCAGUAAUUUUAAAUGCUGAGAGGAUAAAUUUUAAAAGGCAGGAGGAAACUUUUGGUUUCUGGGUUGUAAACGUGUAUCAGUACAUCAAAAGGUACAUUUUAAGUAUGUGUGGUUUAAGUCAGUUACACUUACAUUAAACUUUUUUAUGUAUAGUAUUGUGUCAU